AUGCUUUCCGCGUUUUCCCAUCUUCUGGUUGCUCCUCGUGCUGUGACUCCUCUGCUCGCCAGUGUCACUUCAGCUCAACGUGCAUUCACGUCGGCAGUCCAACAGCAGAAGUUCACCACUGGCCUUCUUCGUCGCAGUUUCGCAUCAGCAUCAUCAAAGGGUUGCUCUAGAGACUGCUGCCACUUACAGUGUCCCAAAUGUGACUAUGUUAUGAACUCGUUCUGUCCAUUCUGUCCAUCAUGUGAUUCGUUCCAACCGGAGAAGCCUCGUAAUUGCCCUACUGAUUACUUCUGCUUGCUGAACCAACCGCAUAAGUACUCUAUUGAUACUAAAGGCGCUGAGAAGUGUUAUAGGCGACUUCAGAAUAGACUGCAUCCCGACAAAGUUGCCCACGUCGAUGGUGCUAAUGCAGAGGUGGCUGCUGCUGAUUCUGCUAUGGUUAAUGACGCUAUUAAAACGCUGAGGUCUCCCUUGAAGCGAGCAGAGCAUUUACUGCAGUUGGAGGCCGGGGUGAAGGCUGAUGAUGACGAGGCUGAUGGUAUGGGGAAUAUGGAUCCUAGUGUGCUGAUGGAAAUGUUCGAGUAUAACGAGGAGAUCGACGAUGCUGAGGGUGACGAGAAGGAGAUGUUGAAGCUGACUGAAGAGAAUGAUGAAAGAAUCAAAGAGUGCGAGGAUGAGCUCACGAGGCUGUGUGAUGAGGCUCAUGACUGGGAGGCGGUGGAAAAUGAAGUGAAUCGGCUGAGGUUCCUCACCCGUAUUGAUGAUAGGCUGAAGGGCACUGUUAACAAAAUGUGA